CAGCCGACAGCGGUUAAGCUAACGCGCUAAAGCUUGUCACCAUUUAUUAGCUAUGUGAUUCACGAMUUUACAGGUAAAAAAAAAACAACAACAAUGUCAAGUGCGGAUAUCAUUUAUGAAAAAGUUCAUUUCGGACACGACCCGAAAUGGAGCAUCCGGCUGCGGCCUGAAGAAGGAGGCGGACUGUUCUGCCUGGCUUGUGUUGUGGAAAUAAUUCAAGCAGACGAAAUCGCGUAUGUGAGGAAGUCCUUUGCCUUGUCUGGUGUCAGUGGAAUGCUGAAGAGAUCUGCAGGGGCUUUGAAGGAGCUGCUCCGACAGGACCACAGAGUCACUCUGCAUUUUAUUAUUACACUAAUAGUGCUGGUUCAGCUGCUUUUAGAGUUCCAGAAUGAGCUGCCCUUACACUUUGUUUUGGAUGAGAUACACAAACAGCUGGGUGAUAUGUUCAACGUGACGCGUUUCCGGUCCAUGUUCAUCUUCCUGGGAAACCUUUUGAAAACAGUCCCUAACGUGGCUCACAGCCUCAUGACUCAGUAUGUGCCCUUGCUGGACCACCUGUGCUCAGCCUGGCUUUACCCAGAUGAAGCGCUGAAGACUUCACUCGUGUUUAUAUGGCUUCAGCUGCUGGGGACAUCUGGAGAUGCAGCAGCCCAGUCCCUGCCUGUUGUCAUUAGGGACCGAGUGUGUAGGCUGCUACUACAGACCCUGCAGACCUUUGCCAGUGCUGGCUCAGGACAGCUCAUUAAAAACUGUGCUGGUCUCCUCUGGCAGCUGGUCCGGUUGGAUGGGGCCGUGCCAGUUCUAAUGAACAGCUCAGGCAGUCAGGUCAUCUGUGAUGAGAAUCAAGACAGCCUCGCCAACAAUAGCCAGAUUCUCGUCCAAAACCAGGAGCAACAGCCUGCUGACCACUGCCUCCUGCCCCUCCUGCUGAAAACGUUGCUGCUGAGUGGUGAUGAGACGUUGCAGGUGACCAGUGCUAAGUGCAUUGCUGCUAUUUUGGUUCAUUCUCCCAGUCAGUACUGCUCUGUCUUCAUCAAGGCUGACUUACCCGUGUUUCUGUUUGACCGUUUGGCCUGUUGUAGCAGUGAGAUGCUGCUGAGGUUCAUCUACUUUUGUUUGUUGCUGCUAACUGAAGAUCCACUCUUGUUCUCUCAGUGCCACACUGUCUACGGUAUUGAGUCCCUGGUGCGUAGUCUGAAGGAGGCUUCUAACCUGACCAAUCUGGACGUACCAAAACAAGGUUUUCUGCUCCUUACUGAAAUACUGGAAAGACAGCCUCCAAGCGUGCAUCUGUUCCCCAGUGGCUCAGCGUUUGGGGCGGUUUCUGAGGUCUUGCUCGCAGGAGUCUCCUCUUCCUGCCUGUCGGUAGCCACACAAGCCAUCAGUGCCACUACCGCUUUGUUCGGACUGAACCACCAGCCCAGCCCAGUCCAGUACAAAGAAAUCAUUGGACUAAUAGAGACCAUUACCAGUAAAUUCCCUGAGCUACUUCUGCCCUCCUCUACUCAUCGGAGAAACACAGGUAGUCUGAGGAGGUCCGAUCCCAACAGUCAGACCUUCAGGUCCCAAGAAUAUCUGCUGAAGGUGCUGGUCUGUUUUCAGGCAGCGUGCAGGCUUGCUGAGGAGUGUGCGUCAGAGCCUUUUCUGAUGAAGAACCCAUUUACGUCUCCCUACAAACACAAAUGCACUGACUCCCUGGAAUCUCUGUGUCAGUGUCUGCUGCGCUGCUGUGAUUCUGUCUGGAUACCUACUGUUCUUAGGUUCUGCUAGCAGUGGAGCAUAAAGCUGUCCUUUGUGCAGGAAACAGGAACCCAGACAUGAAUGCGUCUUGUU